ACUUGUGCAUGUUUUCCUUAUAAAUACCAACAAAUUAGGUUUGAUGAACAAUUACUCGUUAAUUAAGAGAUAAGGUUAGCUAGUAUCUAGCUAUUGAUAGAUUAAUUAGAUAAAAUGAGAUACGAGUUUAUAAGCGAGUUAGAGGUAGAUGCUUGUGCAGAUGAUGUUUGGGCAAUCUAUAGCUCCCCUAACUUUCCUACUUUAGCCCUUCAAUUUCUUCAAAAUAUCCUUAAAAGCAAGGAUAUCGUAGAAGGUGAUGGCUAUACGGUUGGUACUAUUAUGCGUCUUGAGCUUCUUCCAGGAUAUGGCUUACCUCCGUUUAAAGAGAAGAUUCUGACUGUCGAUCACAAAAAGCGUCUGAAGGAGUUACAAACAAUUGAAGGUGGAUACUUGGAAAUGGGAUGCACAUUCUCUAAGACAAGCUUCGAGAUACUAGUAAAGGAUAGAAGUUCAUGCGUCAUCAAGGUAGUCACUAAGUACGAAAUCAAUGACGACUUAGCAACUAGUGUUUAUGGUCAUCUUCAUACCUACUUUGAUGGAUGUGUUACCCUAGCUCGAGGGGUUUCAAAACAUGUCACAGAGAAAAACGCAAGAGCAGCUAAUUAAAUUGGCUGCAAGCCUGCAACUUUGAAUAAGUAUGAUUUUCCCUGUCGGAUACUUUAUACUUACACCUUGGACCUAUUAUUAGAAAUCUUCCAGGACAAAGUGACCAUUACUGAUGUAUCAAAUAUACGACAUGAAUAAAAAAACAUGCAAAAAUAUUAAUUCAGAAAUACAUUUUGAAUCUGAAUUGUGCACCUCAAAAAAAA